CGCGUGAAGGUCGGUUGGAGAGGAUGGAAUCGUAAUUAAUUAAAGGGGAAAAAAAAGAAAAAAGAAAAAAGAAAAGAAAAGAAAAGAAAAGGAAGGCAACUCCCCAACUUCCUUACCCAACCCAACCCCUCCAGCCAGCCAGCCAGCCAGCCAGCCCUCAACCAAUUCUCCCUUCUCCCCCUCUUUCUAUAAAUUGCGACUUGCUCUGUUUCCACCAUUGUUAUCCUCUCAGAGCUUUAGCUCUUUAGACAGAGCACCCAGAAAGGGCAAACACAUAAAAAGAAAAACUGAAACAGGGCCAACCCCAUAACCCUUCCCCAGCCCUACCUCCCCACGUCUCCUUCUUCUUCCCGACUUAUGAGGAAGAAGACCCAGACAGAAGAAAUCGAACUACAGACCCGCAAGAUCACCCGAUUGAAAAGGACCUCCCGGGAGGGGACCGGGUUCUUGUAAUAGCUCCGGGAAGGGAUCCAUAGCUCGUCUCUUCCUGUUACGGCGAGGUUCGGUCCGUGUAAAAGAUUAUAUUGGAGACUGGAAAAUGGGGACUCAGGUGUUGAGACCGCAGGAUUGCUUGACCUCUCCGGCGGUUUUCCUUCGCCGGAGGAGCUGUAACUACGGGAACUCCUAUUCUAAUCCUAGAGUUAAUCAUAGACCUAACAGGAAGCAGCAGCAGCACGCGGCGCGGCCGGACAAGCCGGACCAUAGGAGGCGGGCGGCGUCGGAGCCGGCGAUCUCCAAGAGAUCCAGCUCCGAUGACCUCAGGGGCGCCGGCAGCAGGACCGGCCUCGUCAUGGAGAAGGUGAUGAUCCUCCGGCGUGGCGAGUCGCUCGACUCGAAGCUGAAGAACGAGGCGGGCUCGAGGAAUGACGGAGGCGACAACCAGCCGCCGAGGCAGCAGGUCCGGGCGGCUGGGUUCAGGUCUCCGGUGGCGUGCGGGAGGUGCGACAUGUACGCCGGGUCGGCGUUCGCUGUCUCCCCGGAGCCAAGCUCCCUCCCGCUGCCGUCCUUCUCGAAGAAGAAGAUUGCCCCCAUCGACGACUCCGCCACCAGGGACCUCCGGCGGCUCCUCCGGCUCGAUUGAACCCGACCCACCAUCAGUCAUAUCAAUCAGAGAUCCUUCAGAUCUGCUACCUUAGAUCUAUAGAUUCGACCCUCUCUCUCUCUCUCUCUCUCUCUACCUACCUCUUCUUUAACUUCGCCGUCUCCGGUCGUUGUGAAGAUCGAGGCCUAUUCCGUGAGUUUUUGAGAAACGGGGGACCAGAUCUGAAACAUCGGAGAAACUAAGGGGCGACGCAGAAAAAUAUGUAAUCUUUAUAUCUGUCUUGUUUUUCAUCUAUGUAUGCAUGUAUCUAUGGGUCUAGCUGGGGAUUGUUGUUCUUGAUUGGGGACUGAUUUUGGGUAAAUAGGUACUUAAUCGGGUGGGAGUAAGCAUGAAAGUAAGAACUUGGGGAUGGGUUUGAUGUGUAAUAUCGUUGAAAAUAGUUUGGGUUGGCUGUUUGUUUCGGUCUAGUAGUCUUGUUGUUGGGUGUGAAGACGGUGAAGGAAUAGGUUAUGGCGUUGUUAAGUAUUGUUGUGUUGAUGAAGAUGAUGUGAAGGUUUUUGUAUGUCAAUGGAGAUGAUGAUGAUGAUGUGUUAUCGUCUUCCCUUCUGUAAUAUGAAAGAAUAGAUAAAAAUGAAGGGAUUGUUGGGUACAACUUCUCUCUUUA